AAGAAGUUCCGCUGAACCUACGGCAGCCCAGUUCCGGUUCAGACCUUUCCCGGCCCAACACACUCCACUCCUGCACGCAAGGGGCUCGUCUUUUCUCUGUGCGUCCCGAGCAGCGUUCCCGGGGCGGCGGCAUGGAAGCGCGUUUCACGCGCGGGAAAUCGGCGCUGCUGGAGCGUGCACUGGUGCGGCCACGCACCGAGGUGAGCCUGAGCGCCUUUGCCCUUCUCUUCUCCGAGCUGGUGCAGCACUGUCAGAGCCGCGUCUUCUCUGUGGCCGAGCUUCAGGCACGCCUGGCUGCCCUAGGCCGCCAGGUGGGUGCCCGAGUCCUGGAUGCCCUGGUAGCCCGGGAAAAGGGUGCCCGGCGUGAGACCAAAGUGCUGGGUGCGCUGUUGUUCGUCAAGGGCGCAGUGUGGAAGGCACUCUUUGGCAAGGAGGCCGACAAGCUGGAGCAGGCCAAUGACGACGCUCGCACUUUCUACAUCAUUGAGAGGGAGCCGCUCAUUAACACCUACAUCUCGGUCCCGAAGGAGAACAGCACACUCAACUGUGCCAGCUUCACGGCGGGCAUCGUGGAGGCUGUGCUCACACACAGUGGCUUCCCUGCCAAGGUUACAGCGCACUGGCACAAGGGGACCACACUCAUGAUCAAGUUUGAAGAGGCGGUUAUCGCCCGAGAUCGGGCCCUGGAGGGACGCUGACCCCACAGGAGAUAAAGGAUGAGCAGAUCCCGUUCCUAAGCUUGUGUUGUGUCUUGUGUAGGGGCGCCAGAUCUGCUCACACCCUGAUCCGGGUCCUGAGUCUCAGGCUGAGGGAGUCCAGAGGCAAGUGUGUCAGGCAUAGGUAGAGAGUGAUAAGUUGACAGUGGACUGACCUAGCUUCUGACUUUAAGAUGAGGUUGGAGGGUUGGGUGUACUGGGGAGAUGGGGCACCUGUGGAAUUAUCUUUGGGGCCUGUAGGCUGGAGAGAUGGGGACAGGGAUAUGAGGUUAAGAGGGACCAGGUCCUGGCAAACUGCCAAUGCUAUCACCCAGUUGGUCGAGUGCCUUGGGUUUGAUUCCUUAUGCCACAUAAACUGGGCAUAGUGGUGCAGAUUGUCUCAUCCCAGCACU